AUGCCACCUACCAAGCAAGUUAAAGCUAAGACCUUUUCACUGGUUGUUUUUCCGUUAACAAAGACGCUCCAGUUUUAUUGGUACUUGGGCCAUGUUUUGAGUGUUUUGUGUUUCUUCCUCUCCGUUAUUUUUGGUUUCAUCAGUCAAGCAAAAUCAAUUUCGUUCUACAGAUAUACACUCUUCUUCGAACUUGUAUCAUAUGGAAUUGUUGUCAGGCAGGUACAUUUCAAAGUGAAGAAGUCGAGCAUCAAUCAAAUUUUGAAAGAUGAGAAUGUUCAAUAUCUUCUUUUUGCCAUAGUGUUGUUCGUGUCAUCCUUUAUCAUUGGAACAUUGAGCGGAUCACUUUACUCAUAUGUCAUCUUUUCUUUUUUUCAUUCAGUAACCUACUUUCAAAGUCACCUUUUGGAUGCCCUUCCGAUUUCGAUUGAUUCUCAGGCGGCCAUUAAUUCGAGGAUUACUUCGAUAACGACGAACUACAACCAACAGGCCCUUUUUUUCGCCUCUGCUGCAGAAUUGAUGAUCAUUUCCAAUUUCUUUUGGACUAUUCCUGGACUUUUGAUUCUGAUUUUCAGAAAUCCCUUGCAUUUUGUUGUGAAAGCGUUGACUUUGGCUGCUUCCAUCGUUUUCGUCAAAUUGAGAUUCAACGACAGUCAGUACACUAGAACAGUUGUGCAGCAGUUUGACAUGCGGAUACUUACAUUUCUUUCCCACCCUGCAAUCCCACUGUCUAUUGUUGGACUUUAUACUUCUUUCAAGAACUCAAUUAUGAAAUACAUUGGCCCAAUCAGGGUUCCGAUCUCAAGCGGAACCAAGAAAAAUCAAUAG